CUGCAUAUAUACAGACAGAUAGACGGACAGACCGACAGACGGGCAUGGCUAAGCCGACUCAGGUCAGCAUACUGAUCAUUUAUAUAUAUACUUUAUAGGGUCUCCGACGCUUCUUUCUGGGUGUUACAAACUUCAUGGCAAACUUAAUAUAUCCUGUUCAGGGUAUAAUGAGAGAGCGUAUUUUUCUGAUAACGGUGCAUAUUUGUGCUUAAAAUAAAUAAAACCGGGUGAAGACCCGCCCUAGACCCCACAUAACUAACAAUCCUUAUGGACUUGAAUGUACUUCUUUGGCUUUAAUCCUACAAGUUGCAAGAGUAUGAAGUGUACGGUUAUACCCGAACUUAGCUGUUCCUUACUUGUUCUUAACAGUAUUAUGAUAGCUGUAAAGAGGAAUGGACACCUAAUGCGCUCUAAAAUGCAAUAAAAGUAAUUAUAGCACAUACAUAUGUAUGUAUGUAUGUAUAUUUUAUUCUCUAGUUAAAAGUGCUGAUCGACACUUUUUCUUUGAUCUCACAGUGGCAUCUCAUCAUUUACUAACGCAAUGCUGAGGAGUAUUUUGAAGUAAAUAUUUGAAUAAGAACUUGAUACCACAGCAUAAAAUAAACAAUAAGUAUAUUUAUAAAUCGGAUAACAUUGGAAAUAAAGAUCAGUUUUACGGAAAGGUUACAAUAAUUUAGUGUCAGUUUUAAUUUGGCAACCGAACUGUUCGUGCACUUACUCGUAGCAGAAAAAUGUUUCGCUUUUUUUUCAUUAUGUCGCUGUAUUAUAUUUUAAGUUUUCAAAUAAGAUUUUCCUUCAGUCAAAAUAAGGAUACGAAUAAGAUUUGCGAUGGCGAUUGUGAUGUGCAAAUAGGUGUCGUUGCAAAAUUUAUAAAAAUUCUCAGCUUCCCAUCGAACAUCGAGAAGCAGUUAGCUUCGAAUCGAGCAUCCAAAUGGUCUAGUUGUAUGGAAGCAGCAGCAAAGAGCUGGAGGAGUGGUAUUUACAAAAUUCAGUUAGAAAAGAUAAAUAUCACCGACUUGGAGGUAUUUUGCGAAGAGGACGUUGAUUUCGGGGGAUGGAUAGUAGUUCAACGGCGCCAAAGUGGCUCGGUAGAUUUUUAUAGAACUUGGGAUGACUAUAAAGAGGGAUUUGGUGACGUAAGGGGAAACUAUUGGAUCGGUUUGGAAAAACUGUACGCGCUUACUAAUAGUUGUGAACAGGAGUUACAUAUUCAAAUGAAAACACGCCAAGGGGAAAAAUACUACGCCAAAUAUUCAGGGUUUCUUAUUGGUGACGAGUCAGAGAGCUACGCUUUAAAGAAAUUGGGUAUUUAUAACGGAACCGCUGGCGAUUCCUUAAAGUAUCAUUCGGGAAGGAAGUUUUCAACUUAUGAUCGUGAUAAUGAUAAUUCUGCAGAUAAUUGUGCAAAGAAAUUUAAAGGUGGCUGGUGGUUUGGCGGAUGCUAUGCAAGUCAUUUAAAUGGAGUCUACGGUGAUGAUAAGGUGGGUAUAAACUGGCUUGAGAUAGAAAUAGAUGAGUCUCUAGCCUUUGUGCAAAUGAUGAUACGGCCAACUCAAAAUUGCUGGAGACGGAUAAUGUUGAGCAAUUUACAUCGAGCAAGCUUCCGUUAACAUCUAAUCUUCUUACCUACUGAAUUAUAAAAAUUAAUUAACCAAUAAACUUAAAUUCAAAUAUGUAAAUAAAUUUUCGAUUUUCUAUUUUUAUUACAAUUUAUAAUAUCUUUUAAUAGUCUCCAGAUGUAGCCGAAUGAGUUUAGGGCGGGUUUCGAUGUUCUGUAGUUAAUCAAAAAUCAGCAUAUGCUUAUAUGUAUGACAAAUAUUAAUGGGUAAGUUCCAUAUAUUAUAUAACUCAGACGGUGAAUUACUUUAGAUUGGAAAGCCGCUAAAUUAAAAAACUUUAAUGUCUUUUAAUUUUUAUACAUAUCUUAAAUUUAGUCAGAAUAUUCUAACUAUUAAAAAGUAAUCGCAAUGUUUUCGCUUUUUUCUUAAUAUCAUAUUUUUAAUUACAGAUUAAUGUUGUAGUCUUGAAUGCAAAAACCCAUUUGAAAAUAAUACAUUUCAAAUUGACAAUUUGAUAUAAAUUGAGAUCAAACAAUCGAAGAAAUGAAAUUUAUGUAGAUAAAUAUGACAAAUGUCCCCUUAUGGCAGACAAACCCGAAUAGGGAGCUCCAUUCUCAUAUAUGUAUCGACAAGACGAGUGCGAUGUACUUAAGGCAAUUUUCGCCCAUUUUACGUUUAAGGCUUCAUUAAAAAAUAUUUGCUUUUCAUUACUAUAUUAGUAUUUAAUAAUAAUUAGCAAUUUUUGAGCUUAAAACUUCAAAUGUUUGGUUUCUUCGAUGUCCGGAUUAGCGAAAAAAAUGAAGAGAAUCUGAAGCUUUCCAAUUUGGUGGUUGUCAUUCAACUUGCAAACCUUUAUUUUAUG